UACUCUGAUAGAAAAUCACUACCAAAAUAUAAACUUUUGACGAAAUGCUAGGCCUGCUAGGUGUGAUAUUUUGGACAUAUGGCGUUGCAUGCUGGUGUAUGUGCUUUUACGUGCUGUUUUCAUGUGGCGAAGGAAUUCACUGGUUUACCUCCUUUAAAAACUACUUACUUAUCAUCGGGGCGAUAAGUGCCGCGGCAGCCACUCCUUUUGUAGUUAUCCCUUCAACAAGCAUCUUGGUUGUUUUCACUGGUUGGUCUCUCUACGCUAUGCUAGUAACUGAGCAUUGUAGACGAUUCAAGCUCUGGCGAACGCACGUUAUUCCAGUCAAUACUCCGCUUUGCUUAAUGCUUUUAUGGGUAUUCUAUCAGGAUUAUAAUCUUGCUAUCGAAACUAAGUAAUCUUUACUCCAGUCCUAUUAUUAAGGGACAACAUUCGACAGUCCCACUUCUGUGUGGGUAAUCGGAAAAACAUAUAAAU